AUGGCAUCCUCGUUUUUCUCGCUUGGACCCGUCACCAAAGAGAGCGAGUUGGCCUCUUUACACCUGCGUCGAGAUGCCUCAAUGCCGGUGAUUUUGUCGACCAAAGCGGAAGGCGCAGAGCAUGAAGGGUAUGCUGAAGGUGUGGUCACCAACACUCGAUUUGGCUCUUUUCCACAUUCAACCAUUAUUGGUGUCCCGUGGGGAAGUCAGAUUCGAGCAAGCAAGGUCGAUACCGGAUCUCGCGGCAGAAGGGAUAGGGGCAAUGCAAAGAAGCGUAAAGCGGACGUGUUGGACGAUAAGGCCACCAAUGACGAUAGUGCUUUAGCAAAUACCAAGGAUGCAGUGGUUGCAAGCACCGGCUUUGUCCAUGUCCUACCACCCACACCGGAGACCUGGACUACGAGCUUGCCUCAUAGGACACAGGUAGUCUACACGCCGGACUACAGCUACAUCUUGCACAGGAUCAGAGCCAGGCCAGGAACGAGAUUGAUUGAGGCUGGCAGUGGCAGUGGAAGCUUCACACAUGCUGCUGCAAGAGCAGUCUUCAACGGAUACCCUCCUUCUCAAGACAUUGAAAACCAAACAAACCCUGCUGAGAAUCCAGAAGCCCGUGGCAAAGUCUUCUCAUUCGAAUUCCAUGAGGAGCGACAUAAAAAAGUACAGGAGGAAAUGCUGCAGCAUGGUCUGGACGGCAUCGUGCGAGCUUCACAUCGGGAUGUUUACAGAGAUGGCUUUCUCCUUCAUAACGAUGAGUCAGACGUGAAGAUAAAAACCUCUCCUCGGGCCAAUGCAAUUUUCCUCGAUCUGCCAGCGCCGUGGGAGGCAUUACCUCAUCUUACAAGACAAGCUCAAGAUGGCACACCAUCGGCCCUCGAUGAAUCCUCGCCUGUCUACAUCUGUACGUUCAACCCAUGCAUAGAGCAAGUUCAGCGAACAAUAACAGCCCUCCGAAAAUUCGACUGGCUGGAAAUCGAAACAGUCGAGGUUCAACACAAGCGAAUAGAUAUCCGUCGAGGGUACACCAGCUUGCAAUACGAGGGAUUGCGCGGCGUCAAUGGUCUUGCAACAGAUGUCGAUGAAGCAUUGGCAAGACUACGAAAAGUCGAAGAGAAAGCCAAGAACUUCAACCGGUCAAAAUCUGGCCAGGGCAGAGUCGCAGAUACGCCGGUUGUAAAGAACCAAAGUCAAAACCUGCAACAGCAGACCCUUCCUUUCGACGGAGGGAAGCUGGUGCAUAGGACGCAAGCAGACUUGAAGACCCACACUUCAUAUUUGGUCUUUGCGGUCUUGCCUAGAUCGUGGAGUGAAGACGACGAGAUUGCAGCUCAAGCAAAAUGGUCAAAGCAUGUGAAGGUCGAGUCCAACGUUCCAAAGAGUCAACGCCAGCUUAAGAAGGAGGCGAAGAAGCGAUCGAGAGGACAGAAUGGCGUGAAGCCGGCGGCACGAGCACCGGGAGGAAUGGGUGAAUCAUCUGUCGGGAAGAUAGACGAAUUGGAAGGCUCUGCUGGAGCACCAGUUGACGAGGCACAAGGUGCUUGA